CGCAGCAACACCACCGUCGGCGUCGUUCUCCACAAUUUUGCUUUGAUCUCUGUUUCGCGUUAUUUUUAGGCCGCCAAAAACAGUUCUUCGCGCCGCUAAAAUAUACAAAAAUAAAACUGUGCCUAUAAACGACAGUGUGUCGUGUUAUAAGACAUAUUUACACGCACCUCGUCGCCCACGGCCGGCCUCGCCACUGACGUUGGUCGCUUUUUAAGUUGACAGCAUAAGCCAGAGCUACUACUACUACUAGCACAAGUGACUAGAACACGCGCCAGCAGCCACUCGCACGCCGUGUGGUGCCUCGCCCCCCCGCAGCGAUGAAUCUGCUGUACGUUUUUGGCCUGAUUCUGGCCGUUCGCUUGGCUUCCGUUUUCGUGGUGAAGACCUACUAUGUGCCGGAUGAAUACUGGCAGAGCCUGGAAGUGGCACACAAACUGACCUUUGGCUAUGGUUACCUCACAUGGGAGUGGGUUCAGGGCAUACGCAGCUAUGUGUACCCCUUGCUGAUUGCAGGACUGUACAAAGUGCUGGCCCUACUCCAUCUGGACAGCGUUCAGCUGCUGGUGCUGCUGCCGCGCAUUCUGCAGGCCACCUUGACGGCCUACUCCGACUAUCGCUUCUAUGUGUGGACCGGCAAGCGUAAGUGGGCCUUGUUCCUCAUCUUGGUGCCUUGGUUCUGGUUCUACACGGGCUCGCGCACCCUGGCCAACACCCUGGAGGCAUCGCUGACCACGAUUGCGCUGAGUUACUUCCCCUGGUAUGGCGAGGGCACCGCUUACUUGUGGCCCGCUGCCAUCUCUUGCUUCCUGCGUCCCACGGCUGCUGUUAUCUGGCUGCCCCUGUCCAUCUAUCAUCUGCGCAAGAGUCGCCAGUCGCCGGUGGAGUUGAUUCUGAAGCGUUUCCUGGCCAUUGGUUUACUUGUUGCCGGCUUGGGCAUUGCCAUAGACUCGUACUGCCACGGUCAGCUGGUUGUGACGCCUUAUGAGUUCCUCAAGUACAACAUUUUCAACAACAUUGGCAGCUUCUAUGGCUCGCAUCCGUGGCACUGGUACUUCACCGUCGGCCUGCCCACAGUGCUGGGCAUCAACACGCUUCCGUUUAUAUACGGCAUCAUGGAAACGGUUCGCAAGUCCGAGAAGUACGAAGUCAGCAAGCAGCUGCUGAUUACCAUUUUGCUCACGUUGGUCGUGCUGAGCACCGUGGAGCACAAGGAGUUCCGCUUUGUGUCCCCGCUGCUACCGCUGUGCCUAUACGUGACCGUGGAAGCCCUGUCCCGCUGGAGCUAUCGUGCCUCAUCCACUAUGCUCUGGUGCACGGCGUUUGUGAUUCUGUUGGGAAAUGCACUGCCCGCUUGGUACUUGAGCACGGUGCACCAGAAGGGACCCAUCGAUCUGAUGCCCAAGCUGAGGGACAUUGCCCAAGAGUAUCGCGAUGAGCGUGAACAGCGUGCCAACAUCCUCUUCCUCAUGCCAUGCCACUCGACGCCGUUCUACAGCCACAUCCAUGAGAAUGUCACCAUGCGCUUCCUCACCUGCGAGCCGAAUCUGAAGCAUCAGGAGAAUUUCAAGGACGAAGCCGAUCGCUUCUAUGAGUCGCCCAAUCACUGGCUUAACUCCCACAUACCCAUCCAUCCGCGCACUGCCCUGCCCACGCAUGUGGUGCUGUUCGAUUCGCUAACUGAGAAGAUUGGCGACUUUCUGAGCAACUACAAGCUGCUGCACAGCAUCGAGCAUGCAGAGGUAAUCCAAAUGGACGAGUCCCAGGCACUGCUGAACGAUUGGUCCAAAGCCCUGGGCGCCCAGCCACCUAAUCUUGCCUCUCUCUUGCAGCACCGCCAGUUGCGCACUGGACGGGCCAUUCAGGUCUAUCAGCGUCUGCUCAAGGGCGAAGAGAAUGCGUUCAAUCGCGACCAGCAGCUCCCGUCGGAGCAGGACGUUGAGUCGCUGCUCUCCAAUGAGCGCUUUAAUUAAGUAAUUUAUGCAAAAGACCCAACAAA